ACUUACUAUCUGCCCCAGUGUAAAAGUGAUGAAAUUCAAAAUUCCAAGUGAUUCAAGUGACCCUCACCGAAUAGAUUUGGCAUUUAAUAUCGUUUCGCUAGUCCAGCUCCGCAACGGAAGGCAUCCGCAAAGGCGUCGUAAGAUGCGCGACUGGCCGAAUAGCGGACUGCUGUUAUGAGCCAGCACAAUACGCAGUUCAACUUCAACUCCAAGGAAGACUACAACACCACCCUGGACACCAUGAGCCGGGAUUUCGACGAGCGGUGGAACCGCCAGACAACGUCGCCGUACACCAACCUGGAGAACUACAUAACGCGCGCUGUCCUUGGCAACGGCAGCUUUGGUACUGUGAUGCUGGUCAAGGAAAAGGGUGGCAAGAACUACUACGCCGCCAAGGUGAUGAGCAAGGAGGACUUGGUGCGGCUCAAGCAGGUGACCCACGUUCACAACGAGAAGCACGUGCUGAACGCCGCUCGGUUCCCGUUCCUGAUUUACCUGGUGGACUCGACGAAGUGCUUCGACUACCUCUACCUGAUCCUGCCCCUGAUCAACGGCGGGGAGCUGUUCAACUACCACCGCAAGGUUCGAAAGUUCAACGAGAAGCAGGCCCGCUUUUAUGCCUCGCAGGUGGUCUUGGGGCUCGAGUACAUGCACAAAAUGAACCUCAUGUACCGCGACCUGAAGCCCGAGAACAUCCUGAUCGACCAUAAGGGCUACAUCAAGAUCACGGACUUCGGUUUCGCAAAGCGAGUGGACGGUCGCACCUCCACCCUGUGCGGAACUCCGGAGUACUUGGCGCCGGAGAUCGUGCAACUCAGGCCGUACAACAAGUCGGUGGACUGGUGGGCCUUCGGCGUCCUGGUGUACGAGUUCGUGGCGGGACGCUCGCCGUUCGCCAUCCACAACCGCGACGUGAUAUUGAUGUACUCCAAGAUCUGUGUGUGCGACUACAAGAUGCCCAGCUACUUCACGGCCCAGCUGAGGGGCCUUGUUGAGAGCCUCAUGCAGGUGGACACCUCGAAGCGUUUAGGAAACUCGAACGAGGGCGCCACCGAAGUGAAGAGUCACCCGUGGUUCCAGGGGGUCGACUGGUUCGCCAUUCUCAACCAGGAGGUCGUGGCGCCCUACCUGCCCACCGUAACCGGCCCCGAGGACUUGUCCAACUUCGAGAACUUCGAGUUCAAGGAUAAGAUGAAGUCCCGAAUAAAUCGGCAUCCCGAUUUGUUUGCGAAUUUUUAAAUGUCAAUUUGGGAUACUACAUAAAUACAACGUAGCCCUGGCUCCCAAACUCA